AUGCCUCGAAUUAUCUCAGCCCAACCAACACAGUGUCUGGACACUUCUGGUUGGUCAAUUCCUCAGAAUAUAAAAUUGGCUGAUCCAGACUUCGCGAAUCCAAAUCAAAUUGACUUAUUAAUUGGAGCAGAAUUCUAUCACAGCUUUUUAUCGAUUGGUCAAAUCAAAAUAGGUGAGGGUCUACCUGCACUUCAGAACACGGUUUUUGGAUGGAUAUGCAGUGGCAAAGUUAGCAACGGUAAUCAAAAAUUACUUAACUGUGGCAUGUGCAGCGAAGCUGACGACGAAGCAUUGGAUAAUAUACUUACUAAAUUCUGGCAAUUGGAGGAAAUCAAUCACACGGAUGACAAAUUCACUGAUGCAGAAAAGAAAUGUGAAGAAUCUUUUGCUCAAAAUACUCACCACAAUCAUGAAGGGCGAUUUGUCGUGAAACUACCAUUUAAGGAGGAUACAACUGUUCUUGGUGAAUCCAUGCAGAUGUCGAUGAAUCGGUUUUUUAGUCUUAAACGUAGGCUGUUGAAGAAUUCUGAACUAAAGAAGAUGUACGUUGACUUCAUGCGAAAAUACGAACAUCUCGGCCACAUGGAAAAAUCAAUCAGGAUGAUAUAA